CACGAGCAAGCAGUAGUAGCACAGUGUCUCUCUACUCCUUGCUCGCGGCACGAUCACACACUCCACACAUCACCAAUGGCUGCAAAGCUCGCCCUCUUCCUGGCCCUGAGCCUCCUCUUCGCCGCCGCCGCGCACGGAUGCGCACCCUACUGCCCCGGCCCAGUCGUCCCGACGCCGUCCCACGGCCACGGCGGGCGCUGCCCGAUCGACGCGCUGAAGCUGAGGGUGUGCGCUAACGUUCUGGGCCUCGUCAAGGUCGGCCUGCCCCAAUACGACCAGUGCUGCCCCCUGCUGCAGGGGCUCGUCGACCUCGACGCCGCCGUCUGCCUCUGCACCGCGAUUAAGGCCGAUGUCCUCGGCAUUCACCUCAACGUGCCCGUCAGCCUCAACCUCAUCCUCAACAAGUGCGGCAAGAUUUGCCCGGCCGACUUCACCUGCCCUCAGUAAGUUGACCCAGGAGGCAGGAGCUAAUCUUGCUAAAGCACGCUCCGAAUGUGCGCUUGUACUCUUCCUCGCGUUUCCACAUGGUGAAUUGCUUGCAGCAACGACCCCGUUGUUGCACGAUCGAAAGUUUGUUACCAAUUCUUUCAUUGUAUCUUGUGAUUUGAUUUACUUAUGUGAAAUUGUAUUAUCAUUUUUAAUUGUCAAAUAAGAAAAGUUCAUUUUUAAAGUGAUAAAA